AUGGAUGCCAAUGGAACCAAGACUCGUAAGGAAUCCGUAGGCGCUGAAAUCAGGGGAACAGACGGGUGGCCCGCGAACAAUGGGCUGAGCCAAAAAGGUGCCGAGCUCCUCUCCACGAUUCAAGUCGGGAUGCUAGCAUUUGUCCAGCUGGCCCAGGGUGUCCCUCCGGUUGUCCUCCUGGGCGUGGAGACCCUGGGACCCCCGUUUGCCACACUACUUGAGCGGAAGCCGGACGGUGUGUCCACGUAUGGAGGACACCAACACCCCUUGAUCCACGCUGCUACGCCAUUGAAACUUGCCAAAAUAACAACGCAGUAG